AAGUGGCAAAAUAUUUACUGUAGCAAUCAAAAUAUUCAUAAUCUCUCUCUGAAAGCAUCAGCAAGUAACAGAGGAAGGGAGGAACCUGAAAAAUUAGCAAUCAGUCAAAACUCUCUCUCUCAUCUUAUGGAGCUUCAAUUAUCUCGUCAAUGGCGGCCUCUGAGACCGUCAAUGUAUCAUCUUCUAGACAAGCUUGCGGAAAUGUACUUGCUGUUUUCAUCCUCAUAUUGAUCGGAGUUCUCGCUUUCUCGAUCCGUCUCUUCUCUGUCAUCAAGUACGAGAGCAUCAUUCAUGAAUUCGAUCCGUAUUUUAAUUAUCGAGUUACUCAGGUUUUCAAUCUAAUUUUCAUGCUGAAAUAUUAUUUUUUCCGUCGAAUUCUGAAAUUACAGUACUUUCUACAAUUUGGACUUGCGGAGUUUUCGCCUUUUUUUUAGGUUUAUGUGUUUUUUAAACAUAAUGAUUUGUUGAAGAUGCUGAAUUUUGCAAGUUAGGUUAUUAGGUGUUAGAUAGUCAGCGGAUAGCAAGUGUUAGGGUUAAUUUUCUGUUUAUUUUGCUUCCAUUUUUUUUCCCUGCGCCUUUCAUAUUAUCAACAUUUUCACAUUUUUUUCCCCUGUACUGCUUUGAAAUGUUAAUUUCUACAGAAAUGUGUAGUACUAA